UAUAGAUUUUGGAAAGGCAAAAUCGCAUCUUGCAAAAGAUAUUCCUCAAUUUUCUUACUGGGUUUUCUCUCUCUCAAAAUUUUGCUUCUUCCUCAGUCACCAAUCAAAAUUCACAAAACCAAUCCUCAAAACUCUCAAGAAAGACAUGGCCAUGUCCAACCUUCUCUACCCAUUAAACCCAACAACUUUUACUCUCUCUCGUAAGCCACUUCACUCACCAUUCCUAUCUUCCUUCACCAACCAACCAUAUCUCAUCACUCUAACUAACUUUGCAACCAAACCCAGAAAUAAAAUCCCAACUAAACCCAGAAGAAGUACACACAUAACUGCCAAAUCCAAUGGUGACAACCCAGCUGACACAUCUGACCGUUUAAUCUCAGCCAUUUGUUACUUUUACCCUUUUUUUGAUGGCAUUCAGUAUGGUAAAUAUGUUAUCACUCAGUUCACUCCCAUUCAAGCUGUCAUACAACCUUUGGUUCCAGCUAUAAGGGUGUUUAAGAGCUUUCCCUUUAAUGGGUUUUUGGUGUUUUUGACACUUUACUUUGUGGUCGUGAGGAACCAAAAUUUUAGUAGGUAUGUGAGGUUCAAUACCAUGCAAGCUAUUGUGCUUGAUGUGCUGCUGAUUUUUCCUGAUGUUUUGGAGAGGAGCUUUAAUCCAAGAGGUGGGUUGGGGUUGGAUUUGUUGAUGAGCUUGGAUAGCACUGUGUUUUUGUUCCUUUUUGUGUGUUUGAUUUAUGGGUCUUCUUCUUGCUUGAUGGGCCAGCUGCCCAGAUUGCCCAUUGUUGCUGAUGCUGCUGAUAGGCAAGUUCUUUGAUUUGAACACCCAUUUGGACCUUAUUUUUUAGCUUUUUGUAGCCAAUUUGUAAUAUUGUUUUGUAAGAAAUGUUCUAAAAUUUUACAUUUCAAUGUUCUUUGGUUAAAAAAGAAAAAGUCAUAGCUGCUAUUGUUGUGUCA